AUGGCCGACUCGGAGCAAUUUAGUUUUCCAUCAGAGGAGAAAAAAGUUUUAAGUUUCUGGAAGCAAAUUGAUGCUUUUCAGUCUUGUUUAAGACAAUCCAAGGAUAAACCAAGGUACACGUUUUAUGAUGGACCACCAUUUGCUACUGGCCUACCUCAUUAUGGUCAUAUCUUAGCCGGAACCAUUAAGGAUAUUGUUACGAGAUACGCUCAUCAAAGUGGCUUCCAUGUCAUACGAAGAUUUGGUUGGGAUUGUCAUGGUUUGCCAAUUGAAUACGAAAUAGAUAAACAGCUUGGAAUCAAGGGGCCGGAUGAUGUUGCAAAAAUGGGCAUUAAAGCUUACAAUGAUGAGUGUCGUAAAAUUGUCAUGAGAUAUUCUAGCGAAUGGCAGACUAUUGUUACUCGACUUGGUCGUUGGAUUGAUUUUGACCACGAUUAUAAGACAUUAUAUCCAUGGUAUAUGGAAUCGAUAUGGUGGGUAUUUAAACAGAUAUAUUCGAAAGGCCUUGUAUAUCAUGGUUACAAGGUUAUGCCAUUUUCUACGGCUUGUAAUACUCCAUUAUCCAAUUUUGAGUCCGGACAAAAUUACAAAGAUGUGAAUGAUCCUGCAGUUAUUGUCUCGUUCCCUCUUGAUGAAGAUCCUAAUAUCAGGAUAAUUGCUUGGACAACCACGCCAUGGACGUUGCCGAGCAAUUUGGCGUUGUGUGUUAACGCAAAAUUGGACUACGUGAAAAUACGUGAUAAUGCUACAGAAAAUGUAUACAUUAUGAUGGAAGCAAGAUUGGGUACAUUAUACAAAACCGAUAAGGAAUAUACUAUAUUAGAUAGGUUCACUGGAGAUGCCCUGCAAGGUAAAACCUAUAAGCCGCUAUUCCCUUACUUCGAAUCGAUGAAAGAACAGGGCGCUUUUGUCAUAUAUUGCGAUGAUUAUGUUACUGACGAUAGCGGAACUGGAGUUGUUCAUCAAGCUCCAUUCUUUGGCGAGGACGAUUAUCGAGCAGCGAUGAAUUUUGGCGUUAUCAAGAAAGGUGGUAAAGUUGUUUGCCCCGUUGAUCCUAGCGGAAAAUUUACUGAUGAAGUACCAGAUUUUCAAGGAUUACAUGUUAAGGAUGCUGAUAAAUUGAUAAUCAAAAAGCUAAAAGAGCUUGGUCGCUUAGUUCACCAGAGUGUUUGUAAGCAUAGUUAUCCCUUCUGCUGGAGGUCUGAUACACCGCUGAUUUAUAAAGCUGUACCAAGUUGGUUUAUUAGAGUCGAAGAUAUUAUUGAUGGUUUAUUGAAAAACAAUGCUAAAUGUUAUUGGUAUGGGGUACCAGAAUUUGUGAAAGAAAAGAGAUUCUAUAAUUGGCUUAAAGGUGCGUGUGACUGGAAUUUUUCUCGUAAUCGUUAUUGGGGAACGCCGAUUCCAUUAUGGGUCAGUGAAGAUAUGCAAGAGGUCGUUUGUGUGGGGUCUAUCGACGAAUUAGAAAAGCUUUCUGGUGUCCGCCUUACAGACUUGCAUAGAGAAAACGUUGAUAAGGUCACCAUACCUUCUAAAACCGGUAAAGGUGUCUUACGACGGAUUACUGAAGUAUUCGAUUGUUGGUUUGAAAGUGGAAGUAUGCCAUACGCUCAAAAUCACUAUCCUUUCGAAAAUAAAGAGGACUUUGAAUCUUGCUUUCCUGCUGAUUUUAUCGCUGAAGGAAUUGAUCAGACUCGGGGCUGGUUUUAUACAUUGCUCGUCAUAUCGGUUGCUAUGUUUGAUAAGCCGCCUUACAAAAACUUGAUUGUCAACGGGCUUGUUCUCGCUGCGGAUGGCCGUAAAAUGAGCAAACGGCUAAAGAAUUAUCCCAAUCCUGAAAUAAUUGUGUCUAAUUAUGGAGCUGACGCAUUACGCCUGUACCUGAUUAAUUCUCCAGUUGUAAGAGGAGAAACACUUAAAUUUCAAGAACGUGGUGUCAAAGAUAUUAUCAAGGAUGUUUUCUUGCCUUGGUUAAAUGCAUUUAGAUUCUUAAGUCAAAACAUUAAGCAGUGGGAACAAACCAACGGUGGCAAGUUUGUAUUCAAUGAAAAUACAUUCAGUGGUUCGGAAAAUUCGAAAGAUAAAUGGAUAUUAUCUUUCACACAAUCCUUAAAUCAAUUUGUUCGAAAAGAAAUGGAAGCAUAUAGGCUUUAUACUGUUAUACCGCGUUUGGUAAGAUAUUUUGAUCAAUUAACAAACUGGUACAUCCGAUUCAACCGAAAGAGAAUCAAGGGUGAGGCCGACCAAAGCAGCUGUCAUUCCGCUCUCCAGACUUUGUAUUCAGUUAUUUAUACCAUCAACAGAUUAAUGGCAUCCUUUACUCCCUUUUUUACCGAACACAUACAUCAAAAUAUGAGGCAAUGGCUUGCCGUUGAGUCCAUAAAGGAUAUCAACACCGAUUCUGUUCACUUUUUAAUGAUACCUCAAGUCAAAGAAAGUCUCAUCGAUCAUGAAAUUGAAAGAUCCGUUGCUAGGAUGCAGGCUGUAAUUGAAUUGGGUCGUGUCAUUCGCGAUAGAAAGGCUCUACCGAUAAAAUACCCUUUGCCGGAGUUAAUUGUUAUACAUAAAGAAAAACAGUACUUGAACGACGUUCUGUCCCUCCAAGAUUAUAUUCUCGAGGAACUGAAUGUGAGGGACUUGGUGUUGUCUUCGGAGAAAGAAAAAUAUGGUAUCCGACUCCGUGCUGAACCUGAUAAUCAACUUCUUGGUAAAAGAUUAAAAGGGUCCUUUAAAACAGUGUCAGCAGCUAUAAAAGAGUUAAAAGACCAUGACAUUGCUGAGUUACAAGAGAAAGGCGAAUUGGUUGUUAAUGGACAUACUGUUACCAUUGAUGAGAUUAAGAUCGCGUAUACCGUAGACAAGGAGCACAAGAUAGAUGAGACAGCGUAUGAGGCCCAUUCAGAUAAUGAUGUCCUAGUGUUGAUCAAUGUUACACCAGAUGAAACAAUGUUAAACGAAGGUUUUGCUAGAGAAGUUGUAAAUCGUAUCCAAAAGCUUAGAAAAAAGGCUGGAUUACAACCUUCAAAUGACGUAACAGUGUUUUAUGAAACACCAAAGUCCAAUGAAGAAAACCAAAGCUUCUUAAAAGUCAUUACUGAAUACAAAAAUUAUAUUGAAAAUGCCAUCAAACAGCCUGUAACACAUGGCUUUGCUCGAUCUGAUGAUAAUAUAAUAAUUCAGGAUACUGAAGUCAAGGUAUGA